UCGCUCACCAUCAUCAAGGCCGACGAUGCGUCGCGUCGUCGGCCAUGAUGUUCUCCCGGCGGCGGUGAACUUGGAAUGUUGAAUCUUCUUAUCUGCCCUUUUCGUGACUGUGGCCCUCGGCAUUGUCAGUUCUGACCGUGUUCUAAGACUGUUUAAUGCCCUGCUCAGUGAGCUGGAGGUUCAAUCUUUUCUUCCAGUCACCACUCGGGAUCGAUGUCUGUUCGUGCAGACAUGGCUAGCCUCUGGACCCUGCUUUGCUUGAAAAUUCAAGGCCACAAUGGUCGCUCAUUAACCGGGCGAACCAGGGACACGUCGUUAUGCUGAGAUAUGCACAGUGCUUCGAAAGUUGGCCGACUCCUAUCGUCCAAGGUUCUUCAUCUUCCCCCCCAUAACGAACCCAACACUCUCAACCACUAUCACAUUCUUGCCCACUCCUCAACUCUUUAUUCAACCUCAACAGAAACAACCAACCCCACCCGACUCAGAAUGGGUCGGAAGAAGACUCAGCGUUCAUAUCGUCGACCCGAGCUUCGACGCUACUGGCUCCCCUCUCAGUCCAUUCUUUGGUACUACAAGGAGCUCUACAACUACCUCAUUCGCAUCUUUUUAGCCCUCAUCCUCUUCGCCUCCGCAUCCCCUACGCUCAGCGGUCUACGUGCAGUAGCAGCCGUCAAUAACUGGAGCAAUGAGGAUGCGGCAGUCGUUUCUACCUUCUUCCUGUUUUACAUCAUGGCACUCAGUAUCUGCUGGCUCCAUACAGUUCUACCUCUCGGACUCAAGAUCGAGCAAGUAUUUCGACCACCAAAACGGCAUGGACGCGGUCAUUGGACUCAGAUGAAGCGCACUAAGUUCUGCGGGCUGGUAUACGACGACCCGUUCUGGUUGUUGUACUUCUCGCCGCCCAUCACUUCUACGCCGUCAUCUCCGACGGAGGACAUCUUCUCGAAGUAUCUGAAUUUUGCCUGGGAUGAAGCCCCCGAUAUCAUCGACAUAGCCCACGUUUGCCCGGACAUCAAUCAGGACGCCCUCGCACGCGACGUCCUCGACGUAUUCUGGUCACAUUCCGAACCAGAUCGCGCGACCAUCAUCGACGACAUCUACGCUAUCUACUACAAUUAUCAUCGCCCCUCCAUUCCAAACGAUCCCGAAUCCGGGCCCUACCUCCAAACCCGCCUGCAUUACCAGCAUCUGUCACGGCCAUUUCCAAUGUUUGUUGGCGGUGGUCCCUUACCCGCCACUAAUAUCGUCCCAAGUGCCUGUGUCCCAUCGCCGCCUAUCGAUAUAUCAGACUCUGGAUCAGAGCAGGAGAUGGACAUCGGGGACAUCGGCUUCAAGUCAGAGGAGUGGAUUGGUCGUGGGUUAGUAUGGAACGAUAGCCUGCCCACCGUUGUCAAGACCGCGUGCCGGCUUACGCUUCGAGUUCCUACCGAAAUGAACGUCCUGUUCGUACCCGCGCUAUCGACCUCCGUCUCCGCAAUCCUAUCGCGCGGCAUUUUCGACAGCAUGCCCACAGUUCGAACGGACGCAUUCCCUGCACCUACCUACUCCCCUCUCCCUCCCGAUCCUCUCGAUAUCACCGCUCACACAAUCGACGAACACCUUGAAUUCGUCCUCGCGGCUCUUCCCUACCGGUGCCUUCUCCGUGACACCGUCCAAACUACAUGGUUGUCUGGUUCGCAAUCCAUCUCAAUUCUCGGUCGACUCUACCCGCUGUGGGUCGUGCGGCUCCUUGAGGACCUCGAUAUUUUCGUCCAGAAGCGUGGGGCAUGGCUUCGCUGUGGUGUAUGGCUCGACCGCCUCGAGAUCGAUUCUGAUCUCCCAGCCGAAGUCCUCGAAAUCAUCCAAGAAUGCCGCCUGUCGUGGAGCCGUGUUCCCUAUAACUCGGUCGUUCCUUCUCUUUCGGAAGGGCUCACUCUUCAAACACGUGACCUCGCAAUCCUUCUCGGCUCCGACUGGUUGAAUGAUGAACUCAUUGAUGCCGGCGCUCAGUAUGUCCGUCACUGCUUAGCACCAAGCUCGCGCAUCGGUAUUGCCAGCUGCCUUCUCCCAUCCACCAUCGCCAAUGUGCGUUCAACUCAGGUCCACCGCCUUGAUCGUUCUGUCAACUCCGCCCUCGAGUCUCGCAUCGCCAGUGGGUCACUCGAACAGCUUUGGAUCCCCGUAAAUGUACGCAACUCUCACUGGACCCUCCUAAAGAUCGACUUCAUCUCUCGAACCUUGGAGUACGGAGAUUCCCUCUCACCGCAGGCAGCUAUUCCGGAUCCCAUGAAGUCGAACAUCCUUUGGUGGUUGGAAGAAGUUCUUCCCACCGGUGUCUCGUCAUUCCAGGAACGGCCACCCUCUUUCCAUGUCCCGGAGCAGAAAGACUCGCAUUCCUGCGGUGUGGUCGUACUCUCGACGCUAUCGUCAAGCCUUCUCGGACUUCCACCGUGGUCACAGGAUACUCACGCUACGAUGAGGAUGGAGCUUUAUCUGAAUUUAAUCAAGCCAUUUAUAGACGAUGGGUAUGAUAUCGACGACGUUGACUUUGAUGAUGAUAUGGUCAUUCCGUCCCAUUCUACGUCUAUCUUCGAAGCUCCGUCCUCUAUCAAUGACGUGCCCUCGGAUACCUGGACAGACGUCGGCGCCGCGUUACCAUCUCAUAGUUCGGUCUCAGAUGCGCCUUCAGCAGACUCAGCAUUUGACGACUUUAUCCCCGACGAGUUCGAGUCUGUGGCACCCGGUGACAAUGCGCCCCCACCCUCAUCUGAUGGCGACGAUCUCGCAUCCGCUUUCGGAAGCCACUCUUCGUCUGAUUUCUCCUGGCCAGACUCCGAUUCCCCUGACAAACCAUACACAGUUUCCGGCUCGAAGCGCACGUUCGCUACAGCCGCUCUCCACUCAUCAGACGAGGAAGCAACGUCCCAAGCCCCGAUAUUAAAUUCCAAACGCUCUCGUCGAUCCUCACCACGGGUCUCCAGUUCAGACGAAGAGUUUUCCGACUCACACGAUGCUUCUUCAAAGCGGCCUCCAGGCUCACGCAAGAUUGGCUCUUCAUGGGACAAGCAGAAGGCUCUUCGCAAUCUCGCCAGCACCCGGAACACUUCGCUCGAUCUAUCUAAUCCAAAGCUUCGCAACUUUCGGCAGAAGAUCCUCGAGGAUGAUCCCCUCGCUGAGUUCGAUAACCGGAAUGCGCGGUGGGUUAGGUGUUCUGCAUGUGGAUCCCCCGUAGUCAUGCGCUUGCUUUACGACGUUCUCCAUUGGAAGAACCAUCGCAAGACUCGCAAGUGUCAGCGCCACCAGCAAAGCAGUAUUCGUUCUUCGUCGCUGUUCGCACUCGGUUUCACUCGAGACAGCCCGAAACCACCACCGACUCCUUCUACCUUCUCGCAAUCCUCCGCCGGUGAAUCAUCUAAGUCAGGACGAACGGGCCGCCCAGUCGUCCAACCACAGAAGAUACAAUCCGCGUUGAUGACGCUCGUCGUGCCAGCUCCUUGUCCUGGCCUCACUAGCCAGUCCAAUACACGGGUCCAACAAUAUCUCAGUCGCUCUUCAGCCGCUGGGGGUGGCGCUCCUUCUCGUCCUCGUCUCGCCAUGGACAUGUUCAACGGGUCCAGCUACUCCGACCUGAACGCGAAGCAGAAGAAGAUGGUUCUCCAGAAGGAGUCCAUGCUUCUCGUGUGGCGUAAUCUCCAUAACCUGCAGGCUGUCUAUUCGACCAAGUGCCUCAAGGAUGUGAAGACCGCACGCCCCAAUGGUGAUCCCUUGCCCUGUGCCAACUGCUCCGCUCUCCUCUCCAUCCAUAGCUUCCAGAACGCACUCAAUCGGCCUGUUCCAGAGGAGGAUAAUAUGAAGUUCGUUCCGCAUGCGCAUCGCAACGACGAUCUUGGCGAACUAUAUCUCAAGCAUCGCGGGCUUCGAACACUUGUGGAGGUCGACGAUGGUCGAUCGCCGUGGUUGAAGUUCGCCCAGGGUGCAGUCAGUGGAGAGUACGAUUCACAAGGGGUUGUGUUAGGGAUGGUAGAGGCACUGGUGAAGCGAAGUGAGCGGUUGAGGAGAGGGAAGAGCUUGAAGAAUAUGUCGUACGACGGGGCUUUCAAUGAUUUUUGUAAUAUUCUCGCCUCCACAUCCCCUCGCGCAUACAAUACUUUUCGUCACCAUUUUGGAGGCCGUGGAUUGCGCAAUAUUCGUGAACAUCGUUCCAAGUUGCCGCGAUUCUCGCCUGGCAUCUCCGCCGUCAACAUCGAGCUUGCCAAGGCCGUUCUAGAGUCGUAUGGCUAUUCCGGGCCUAUAAGUCUUGCUUGGGACGAUACGGCUAUGGAGGCCGCGCUCCAAGCAUAUAAGGAGUCCGGGGAUGCAUGGCUGGUUGUCGGUGGCACGGGGGACAUAGUCCGUGUCUCAUCUCAUGAAGCUCUCGAAGAGGUUUUCAAGGACGCGAAGAUAAAACCGGGAAAGCUGCUUCGAGUUUAUUGCAUAGUCGUUCCUCUCCAGAAGGUUCCACAGAUACCGAUCGCCGCUGUGUGCCGCGCAGGGACCGACCGCGCACAAGCCCUGAAGUCUAUGCAUUUUGAGAUAACCACCCUCCUUCAUAACGUCAAUCUUCACCCUGUCUCUCUCGCUUCUGAUGGCUCCGAGAUCGAGCGGGCGACGCAACGUCUCAUUGCACAGUCAGCGACGGCCGAGUGGACCUACACUAUCACCAACACCGAGAAGAAUUGCGACAUCCACCUCCGCAUCCCCCUCUUCCACGAAUAUCCUGCUGUUGUCGUACAAGACUCCAAACACGCGAUGAAGACGGCUCGUAAUCAACUCCUUUCCGGUGCUCGACUACUUGUAAUGGGAGAUUACCCUCUGCAUUUCGCUCAGCUUCGUGACAUCGCGAUGAACCCCAGGUCUCCCCUCCAGACUCGCGAUGUCAUCAACGUCGAUAAACAACAUGACGGUGCGGCGGCGCGUCUCCUUUCUGGAGAGACUCUCGAGUUCCUCAUCUCCGAUUUCCCUAGGUACCGUGGCCUGGCCACAUACCUCUUCGUCCUUGGCGAUAUGAUCGAUGCGUGGCAGAAUCGGAGCCUCCCACACAUCGAGCGCAUUAGGAUGGUCUUACGUGCACGUUUUUUUCUAAUGGCGUGGCGUACACAUAUUGUUCGUCACCCUGACUACGACGUCCAUGUUCACUUCAUCUCUCGAGGAUCGUUCGACAUCUUUCUUACCAUCUGUGACUCUCUUCUUUCCCUUAUCCUUGUGUACCGGAAAUUCUAUUCAACGUACCCACUUCUUCCAUGGCUCCAUUCGACAGAGCCCUGUGAGCACCUUUUUGGUGUUCUCAGACAGCUCAAGGCUGACUUCACCUACACCGACUUUCUGUAUCUCUAUCCGAAACUCACGGUACUGCUCAUGGGAGCUUUCAAUAAUCUCACCCCCGAACAGAAGGCUCAGCACACAUCAGCCGGCUAUAAUCACACUUACUUCAAGGCCGACGACAUCAAUAUCAGCGCGCUCAUGGAAUUUCCCGACGACGAGAAGAUUCACACAGCCUCCCGCCUCGCUGUUGAAGAUGUCGAACAACUUCUCAAGGCCGUGGGUGUCGAUGCAGGCAGCAUGCUUUCUCAGUACCGGCCACCACCGUCCUACCUGCCUGAGCCCGUCCCAUACAAUGCUCCGCCAUCUGUUCCCGGUCUACGCGCUCCCAGUACCCUCGCCGAGCUCCUCUAUCUCUACAAAGGCUCCUCCGUUCCUGCCCGUGACGAAAAGGCUAUGGAAGUCUGUGAAUUCGCCAUCGCAGCCGAAGCUGUAAACUCUACCAAUGCUAUCAUUUCCCUUCCCGACUCCUCAGAGUUGGACCUGUUCCAGGUAUCCAGCGGGAUAGACGAAGUCCUAUCUGCCGCUAUCCCCACAUCUUCAUCUUCAACUCUGGAGGGACCUCUCGUACUCCUCGACGAUAGCCAUCUUCUCUGCAAGGAUGUAGCCGUUGCGCUCCGAAAACGCCAUCAGCCAAAGUUCACUACACAGGCUAUACGGAAAAUUGGCCGCCUCUCCAAUGUCCUCGCCGCCAAAGAUAGUUCCGUUACUGGGGCUUCUCAGGAGACCACUCUGCGGGAAGCUCUUAUUAAGAAACUGGCGGCCUAUCUCCCUAAGGACUCGUCGACAUCAGUCUCUGGUGUCGAGCGCCGUGUUAGGCACACCGGGACUUUCACGCGCGAUUCGAUCGGCGACUCAGUGGUUCGUAAUCGAAACAAGACCGCUCUUCGUGAAGUCAAGGCUAUGGAGCUCAUUCGUCACCGCGAAUCCGCAUUUGCUCACCUCAAGCUCGUCAACGAUUACUUGCACACUGCGCAGGUAUCGGACCUCAAUAUCCUCUCCCCCGGUCAGUUCAUCAUCUGCGCACACCCAACGCAGCCGAGUAUCGUCAUCGGUGAAGUGAUCACUAUGUACAGCAAGAGCUCGGCGCGUGCGGCGAAUCACGAUUGGGUGGCCCGUCUUAACAAUAUCGGAGUGGCGUCUUAUAUCAAUAUUCAGGUGUACGCUCCUCUAUACCCCGGCGCUCACCUGCUAUCCUCCGUGUCCUGCCCUUCCCUUCGGAGCGCGACUUUUCUUCGUGUUCCUCCAUCACAUGUCAUCCUCUCUCUGGGGGCGUAUACCCCAAACUUUGUGCGUCAAGAGGUUGUCGGGAUCACCCCGAUCACCCUCGUCACACUUUGUCCGAUCUCUGGUGCUUUACUCGAGCUCGUCCAGAUUCGGCGAUUACAGUUCCGGUCAGCUGUGCAGGAGGUUCUGGCACUGAUCAGUAAAGCAAAGAAGAAGGUCCCUAGCGCUGAGGAGAGCGAGGGGGAGGGGGAGGAUCACGAUGCUGAGUCGUAGCCCUCUGAAUCGGUGCUUGGAGUCAUUACUAUCUGUUACUUCUUUACUUGUUGUUACCCAAUUAUGUCUGUGCGUACAGGAAGUCUAUUGUAUGAGGUCCGAUCCAUUUAUGUGUACAGAAACAUCAAGGCAGAAGGUCUCAUCAGAACGUGCGUACAAAGAGCACCUGAAAUGAGGUCCGAUCUCGUAUGAGUACUGAGACCACCCAUUUAUGGUAUACCCGAUCCGUAUGAGUACUCAUUUCUCCCAAAAAGUAGAGUACAGAUCCGCAAAAAAUUCGAACUUUUGGAUCGGACCUCUUUACCAAUACGCCACCCUCCUGGUCACUCGUCCUUGGACGAACUUGACGCCGUUUUCGACGGCGAGAGACAGCAUGCUGGUAGUGAAAAGAUAUGGAUGAACCUGUGCUGUAUCACCCGCAGGAGCCAUAGCCAUAUACGAAUCCGUCAAGUCCUCAUCCACCCACGUCAAAUCCUUCGGCAACCCCUUCUUCACCCUCUCCUUCUCCCCCUCAACCAACCCUUUCCUCUUCUCCAAACUCCUAACCUCCCCAGCUCCACCUCCAACUUUCUCCUCACUUCCUUCCCCACCUCUCCCAUCCCACUGCCCCACCCCCGUCCACCGCCAUCCCCACCGCUUCUCCCCAUCAUGCUCCUUCGCAAGCUUCACAUGUUCCUUGAAGCUGAUCCUGGUCAGAUCUUUCGGGUAUGCCCAUCGAGCGACUAGACCUCCGGCCUUUCCGGACGCGCCUUGUGCGGCACCGACUUUGGAGGCUUCGAGGAGGGUGAUGGUGGUGGUGGUUGAGUAGAAGGCGGGGUGGCGGGACAGGUAGUAGGCGGUUGUUGACCCGAUGAUGCCGGCGCCGACUACGACGAUGUUCUUCGGGGCCAUAUUGUCC